UGUAGUUUGGUAAGGCCUACGCUCUAGCGGCUAGGCUAGCUUUCAGAACUACGACGGCCACAGUCCACAGCGGCAAAAAUGGGCGUAGCUGCGCGGAAAGGGGCCGUUACGUCUGUCAACGACUGUCCCAGAGAAGGGGCGGAGCUGCGGCUGGCGGCGAGCGGCGGAGGGGCAGUGCUUCCGCAUUGGAGGAGACCGGUAGCCGUUGUUGUGAUCGCGGCUUCGGCGGCGGAGGAGAGGGAGCUGCCGGAGGAUGAGCGAGCGGUGAACGUGCCCGCAGCCAUGUCUCAGUCCCCGUCUCAGAUGCAGCAGCAGCAGAAGAGGAGGGAUCGUCGCAUCUUCUCCGGGACCUGCCCGGACCCCAAGUGCCGGGCCCGACUGUUCUUCCCGGCCCAGGGCUCGGCCAGCAUCGAGUGCACGGACUGCGGCCAGAGGCACGAGCAGGCCAAGCUGCUGGAGGUAGAGGAGGUGAUCGAGCCGGACGUGGUGCUCCACAACCUGCUGAGGAACGCCCUGCUCGGCGUGGCCGGGCCGCCCCGGAGAAACGCGGACAUGGUGAAGGUGAUGGGGCUCUCCAACUACCACUGCAAGCUGCUCUCGCCCAUCCUGGCCCGCUAUGGCAUGGACAAGCAGACUGGCAAGGCCAAGCUGCUGAGGGACAUGAACCAGGGGGACGUGUUUGACUGCUCUCUCCUGGGGGACAGAGCCUUCCUCAUAGAGCCUGAGCAUGUAGACACAGUGGGCUAUGGUAAGGACCGCUCAGGUAGCCUUCUUUACCUUCAUGACACCCUGGAGGACAUCAAGAAGGCCAACGACAACCAGGAGUGCUUUAUACCUGUCCACGUUGAUGGCGACGGGCACUGCUUGGUGCACGCUGUGUCGCGGUCGCUGGUGGGCAGGGAACUGUUCUGGCACGCUUUACGGGAGAAUCUAAAGAAGCACCUGAAAGAGAACCUGGAUACGUACAAGGCCCUCUUCCACGAUUUCAUUGAUGUGGCAGAAUGGGAAGACAUCAUUAACGAAUGCGAUCCGUGCUUUGUGCCACCAGAAGGCGUUCCCCUUGGUCUGCGAAAUAUUCACAUAUUUGGGCUGGCUAAUGUUCUUCACCGUCCUAUAAUAUUGCUCGAUUCUCUGAGUGGCAUGAGGAGUUCUGGGGACUAUUCAGCUACUUUCCUUCCUGGGUUGAUACCGGCAGAGAAUUGUAAGGGUAAAGACGGACAGCUCAAUAAGCCAAUAUGCAUUGCCUGGAGUAGCUCAGGGCGCAAUCAUUACAUCCCGUUGGUUGGUAUCAAAGGCAGUUCCUUGCCAAAACUUCCUUUGAAAUUGCUCCCCAAGGCGUGGGGGGUCCCGCAAGACUUGAUACGGAAAUACAUAAAGUUGGAGGAAGAUGGAAGUUGCAUUAUUGGAGGAGACAGAAGUUUGCAAGACAAGUAUCUGUUGCGGCUGGUUGCUGCAAUGGAGGAUGUAUUCAUGACCAAGCACGGUAUCCACCCCAGUUUGGUAGCAGAUGUACAUCAAUAUUUUUAUAGGAGAACAGGAGUCAUAGGAGUUCAACCUGAGGAAGUGACAGCUGCUGCCAAGAAAGCAGUGUUGGAAAACCGCCUUCACAAAUGCCUCAUAUGUGGGGCUCUGUCAGAACUUCUGGUCCCUCCAGAGUGGUUGGCCCCGGGUGGUAAGUUGUAUAACCUGGCAAAGACCACCCAUGGUCAGCUGAAACCAGAUAAGAAUUACAGUUUUCCCCUAAAUAACAUUGUGUGCUCAUAUGAUGCAGUGAAUGAUAUUUUGGUACCUGAUUUUAAUUUGAGUAACUUAACCAGUUGCAAUUGGUGCCGUGGGAACUCCGUUCGCAGAGUGAGAAAUGAUUCGUCCAUCGUGUAUCUUGACGGUGACAGAACUAACACCAGGUCCUAUGGUGGCAAAUGUGGUUGUGGUUUUAAACAUUACUGGGAUGGUAAAGAGUAUGAUAAUUUGCCUGAAGCAUUUCCUAUAACACUGGAAUGGGCAGGAAGAGUAGUGAGAGAAACUGUAUAUUGGUUCCAGUAUGAAAGUGAUGUCAGCCUUAAUAGCAAUGUGUAUGAUGUUGCAAUGAAAUUGGUCACCAAGCAUUUCCCUGGAGAGUUCGGCAGUGAGAUUCUUGUACAGAAAGUUGUCAACACAAUAUUACAUCAGACUGCCAAAAAGAAUCCGGACGACUAUACACCCGUAUCAAUCGAUGGUGCACAUGUACAAAGGAUGGAAGAUAUUAAACUGGAGCAGGACUCUGACUCAAACCUCCCCACAAAAAUAAUUCUCACAGGCCAGAAGGCUAAGACUUUGCACAAAGAAGAAUUAAACAUGAGCAAAACAGAAAGGAAGCUCCAGCAGAACAUCACUGAACAAGCCUCUGUCAUGCAAAAGCGCAAAUCAGAUCAGAUAAAACAGGAACAGAAAGGACAAGCAAGAGCAUCGUCCCCUGGCACUGUCAGAGAUAGUCCAUCAUCUGGCUCUUCAACUCCCACAAAAACGCCUUAUUCCCCAACAUCUUCCAAAGAAAAGAAAAUCCGUAUAACAACCAAUGAUGGUCGCCAGGCCAUGCUCACAUUAAAAUUCUCAACCACGUUUUCUGAGCUUCAGGAAGGGAUAGCCAAAGAGUUAGACAUCCCUCCUUACCUACAGUCCAUUCGUUAUGGGUUUCCGCCAAAAGAGCUUCAGCCGCCAAAAGUUGGCAUGGAAAAUGAGCCUGUGCCGCUACAACAUGGCGACCGUGUGACAGUAGAAAUAUUGAAGGCCAAAGAUAAACCUGUCCAGCACACCUCAUCCCACUCUCCCCAUGCUAUCACAGCUUCCGAUUCCUCAGAGUCUGCAAAUGCUGUUUCCAAGGAGCUCCAAGACCAGAUUGAUAAGGAAAUGUAUUCCUUGUGUUUACUGGCAACUCUUAUGGGGGAAGAUGUUUGGUCAUAUGCUAAAGGUCUCCCUCAUCUGUUCCAGCAAGGAGGCGUAUUUUACAAUAUAAUGAAGAAAAACAUGGAUGUGGUUGAUGGAAAGCAUUGCACAUUUCCCUACCUACCUAACAAAACCUUUGUAUACAACGCGGCUGAAGACAGGCUGGAACUGUGUGUGGACGCUGCUGGCCAUUUUCCCAUUGGUCCCGAGGUUGAAGACUUGGUGAAAGAUGCAAUAACCCAAGUGCGUUCUGAGGCGGCUUCCAGAAGCAGGGAAUCUAGUCCCUCUCACGGGCUGAUGAAACUGGGCAGCGGUGGGGUAGUAAAAAAGAAGUCGGAGCAGCAUCACAAUGUAACAGUCUUUCAAGGCAAAGGGCACUCGCUAGGAACAGCCUCCAGCAGUCCUGAACAUAAUCAGAGAACAAGAUCAGCAUCAAAGCCAAGCACAACAACUAGUUUCAGUAAUAUGCCAACCUAUUCCGAUCCCUCUACGUUUACUUCUACAUCCAGCGACAACGAGCUGAUCAGGGUAGCUCCUGGCGUGAUCACCAUGAGAGAUAGCCGCCAACUUGACCCCAACUUAAUUGAGGCCCAGCGGAAAAAAUUACAGGAAAUGGUUUCUUCCAUUCAGGCCUCUAUGGAUAAACACUUACGGGAUCAAAAUGCUGAGCAGUUAACAGGGUCCGACACCUCUCCAAAGAAGGGAGAAUGGCUUUCCCCAAAGUCUGGGAGCAGUCCUUCAAGAGUAACUGGGGACACAACUGCAGGAUCUGUAACUACAGGUAGUAACGUAGGAAGUUCUAGAGCAGCAUCGCUGUCUGUGAGGCCGAAAGUUCAGUCAGCCGUAUCUACAGACAAUGCAGAGGAGAUGGACAGCCAAGACACAGAAAUAGCCAAUAUAGCUGAGCCUAUGGAUCACUCUUGAUUGGUGAAUGAUUCAAAGUAAAAGAAAAUCCAGAAAUAUAUAUAUUAAUAUGUAAUAAGAUGGCUGGGCCAUGGUGUGAAAUAGUCCUUUACAUAAUUCUUGUACAUUUAAAAGAAUAUUAAACUCCUUUUUCGUUGCAUGAAAAUGUGUGCAAUUUGGAUGAGGGUUAAAUAAAAAAAAGCUUUCAGGGUUAUUUUAGCUUUUUAAUGACAGCUAUAAUUUGCUAAUGAAGGUCUUUACAUUUUAAAACAAUAUUGCUGCCUUCAAUGGAUAUGAGAAUGUCAUUGUGAUUAUUUGCCUACACGCACAGUCUGAAUGUGAUGGGGAAUCUAUACAGCAGGCAGAACCUAUCUUUACUGCUAACUAUUGACAUAUGCCGUGGCCUCAGAAAUGUCACUAGCUCCCAGUGGUUCAACAGGCUGCAUUCUCAUUAGAGGCUGCCAACACUCUACAGUCGUUGUGAAAGUACAAGUCUCAGCAGUGCUCUCUUUCUAUAUGGUGUACAGCUUUACAUUCAGAAGAGACACUUCCUCUCUAAGAGUUCUGUUUGCUUACAAAGAACAUUUUACUUGCAGGCUUUAGUUAUUUAAGUUGAAAGUCCUCAUCAUAAACUGGCUGCAGUCCACAAUACUAGUUAUGCGCAAAACAGUAAAUUUAACUAUGAUGAGACAUCAUAAUCCAGAGUGCCUCAAUUUGCCCCCUAUUGUCUGUUCAGUUCUAAAGGUGCUCAGAUGGAGUCUAAAAAUUAAGUGAAAAUAUUGUCUAGAAAAGAUGAGACGUUUGAUUGGAGAUUAUAUUGAAUAAAGGCCUAUGGACCUUUUUUUAAUUUGUCAUGUGCUUUGUUAUGUUGCUUCUUUUUGGAGUGAAGAGGAUUUUGUUGCACUUUUUGUUUGACUCUAUGACCGGUAUGUGCGGAAACACUCUAGAAAUAGUGUUAUCUAAAAUAUUUUGUAUAUCUGGUAGCAGAAGAUAGAUAAGUGCUUAGCACUUAUUUUUGAAAGUGAAGUCCUGAAAAACACAUACUUCCAGCUGGUGAGUGGGUGAUACCGGACCUCGCUGGACCGCUCUCUUAUUCAGGAUAUGGCUUGUAGCUUAUAAAGCAGAUGGGGUGAAGAAGUAGUAGGCUGCCAAUUCAGAUCAAUGGCUUUGGAAACUAACAGCAUGACUUUAUCAUAAGGAAAUUCUGUAUUCAUUGCUGAGCUUUAAGCUGCCUCACAUUGAGAUCCAAUAAUUUGGCCGUAUCACUGAAGGAGCCAAUACAUAGUCAUUCUGGCCACAUACAUGAUAGGUUAAGUUGGACAUUCGGUGGCAAACAUUUGUAGCCUUCUUGUUUCCAUUAUUAUAGUUGGCCAGUAACUUUGCACGUGACCCAAUGGGGGUCGUAAUCUUCCCAUUCUGCCUAAAGCUUGGUACACACCUAUACAAUCGUCAGCCCGUUCUCCUGAUAUCGGCAGAACGGGCGUUUAUUGUAUAGGUGUGUAUACAGUGCUGAUGCAGGAGUGUUAGCCAAUCAAUGGCUUAUAACGCUCCUGCAACAGUCGGGAACGGGAGAUUGCAUUUUAUGUGCAGUUUAAUAUUUGUCGGGCUGGCCUCCCAAUCCGAUAGAAGUCCGUUCACACACACACAUACAAUUCAAAUCCAUAUUGUAUAUGUGUGCACAGGUGUCAGUAGCAGGUGAUGCCAAGGGCACAAUGCUCUGCUGAUUGGUAGUGUUAAUCCAAUCAAGGGAUUGUACAUGUGUGUACCCAGAUUGCUUCUAAUUAGAUACAAUCCAAUCUGAUAGGCCAACUCUUAUGAAAGCUACACAUCUAUACCAACUCGAUCCUCAUGUAUGUGGCCAACGAUAGUGUUAUACAUUUUGUUUUCUUUGCUAACCAUCAGUAUUCUUAACUAUGUUUUGUAGUUAAUUGCAUUGUAUUCUUAGUUGCAAAGUUAGCUAGUCAUUGGUAGUAAUAUUAGUAUGGUGAUUGUUCCUGUUUAAAGAGUAGCUCCUGCUAAAAUGACAUGUUUAACUGACUAGCAGAACUUCAUGGAUUCCAAGACAUAGGGGUAAAAUUACUAAAGCUUCUAAAACGGGGAAAUGGUAAGGUUUCCUGUAGCAACCAAUCAAAUACUGUCUAUCAUGUCUCUAUUGCCUUUCAGAAAAUGAUAGACAGCAUCUGAUUGGUUGCUAUGGGCAACAUCACCAAUUCUCUGUUUUAGAAGCUUUAGUAAGUUUACCCCAUAGACUCUCAACGUUCUGUAGAACUUAUCCGCGCUACAAAGCUUCUUGUCCUGGCAUUGAUUAAGGAGUCAUUCAGACAACAUUGCAUCCAUCUGUAAGCCAGCCACAGUGUUUGGAAGCCUCUUUCCCCCCCCCCCCCCCCCGUUGGGACCAGAAACAUUGCAGCACUAGUAGGCGCAAGAUAUCCUGACCCACAGGGAUCCUUUUAAUAGGACUCCUGCAAUUUCAUUAAAAUGAGUUUUAGCUGGAGUUACCCUUUAGCACUGUGCAAAUCCAACUUGCUUUUACUGAAGUCAUUUGUGGGCUGUUAUCUUGGUAGCUUUUGUCUGUAAAUAGUGCAAGUGGGAUUUCAGACUGAUAGUUAAUUGUAUAUCAUGCCAAUGCCAACAUUGAAUGAUGCAACCUAAUGUUUGUCUGUACAUUGCGUCACGUCUGGCCAUUGAUUUGAAAUAUAAUUAAAAAAAAUACUAUUUUGCUUGUGGACUGAACCCUACGGAAACCAUGACAUAGGAUCACAGCGGGUCUGGGACUCCAGGUCGACAACAAAAAGGUCGACACACCUUAGGUCGACGCCAAUUGGUCGACAUGGACAAAAGGUCGACAGGAACAAGGUCGACAUGGAAAAAGGUCGACAUGAGUUUUUUAUGUUUUUUUGGUGUCGUUUUCUUCGUAGAGUGACCGGGAACCCCAAUUAGUGCACCGCGUCCCCUCGCAUGGCUCGCCAUGCUUCGGGCAUGGUGCCUUCGCUUCGCUCGGCACAGAUUACCGUUCCAAUCGUAGUCCACGUGGAUCGUUAAGUAUGAAAAGGUUCCAAAAAAGAAAAAAAUUGUGAAAAAAUCAUGUCGACCUUUUUCCAUGUCGACCUUGUUCCUGUCGACCUUUUGUUCAUGUCGACCUAAGGUGUGUCGACCAAUUGGCGUCGACCUAAGGUGUGUCGACUUUUUGUUGUCGACCUGGAGUCCGGAUACCGAUCACAGCUAUACCGAUAGUUAACAGUACGUUUUUUGUUGUUUUUGUGAUUCUCCGACAUCUGAUCUUGCUUAUUAAUAUUUAGGCUGAAAUGUGUAGGCUGCGUGAAUAGGAUGGAUAGACCUAGUGUCUAUUACAUAAUUCUGACAACAAACCAGAUUGGAGCUGCUCGCUAUGAGAUUCAUGUAUGGCACUUUGACAAAUAGUAAUUUUAGUGAUAGGCAUAUCACAGAUGCUGGAUAGCUACAAUGUAUGUUACUUCUUGGCAUCCAUCUAGAUCUCGGUGGUUGCAUCCUAUUCCUAAUGAACCCCUUCUUAACUUUACUAAAUAUUUACAAAUACCAAAUAGGGGUUCACCCUAGUCAGGACCCCCCUUAUCACUCCCACCCCAUUGUCACGUGCUUCCUUAGAGCUCUAUUGUGGGCUAUGGUGGAACUUAACAGCUUGAGAUAGUACAGUGCAGUUCUCUGCUACCACAACCAGGUAUCCGGUGGGCUUUAAUUGAGAAAAUCCAGCUGGAUCUAAGACUUGUCUUCCUUGAUCUUUACAGUUAUUUUGACCAUUAUUAGAUUAUUUUUAAGAUCACCUCAAAAUACUUUGAGCCAUAUACAGAAAUGUGACAUUCUAUAUCUAGAAACAGCAAAUGUCUGUAACUAUAACUUGCACAGUGUUUUGGAAGGGAUGCCGAAAGCAUGAACUGGAUUACACUGGUAACUUUAAUCAGAUGCUUAUUAUGUACUGUGCAUGCAAAGCGCAUGUCUAUAUUUACAAUGGAAUUUGUUAUUUUAAUUGUAGAAUAGACUUGCAGGUUUAGAAAAGAACAGGCACCUGCUUCUGCAGUAAGUCAUGUAUGUGCAAUUAGUGCAUAUACAUGUGCAAAGUGCAUGCGUGCCAAUAUAAAGUAUAGGUCUUAUCUGAUUGUACUCGUGAUUUCCUCUGUGACCACAUUGACUGGAAGCCCAAAGUCCCUUGUAGAGUAACAAAGAAGCAGCAGUGGAAGUUAAGAAAAACCCGAACAGAGCAAUCCUAAUAUUGGCCGGGAAGUAAUGAAGUUUGAGUCCGGCAGCCGUGCCGGAUGCUGGCCGAACUCUGACUUUUUUUAAAGGGGCAAUCAAGUACAAGCCUAAACCAUGCCUUGUACUGUACAUGACGGCCCCUUUAAAAAAAAACGUCCGCGUCGGCUUGCAACCUGUACGGCCGCAGAACUCGGACUUCAUUACAUCCCGCCCAUAGAUUUGCUCUUAUACAAAGUGAAAACGUACUUUUCUGGUAGUUUAAACAGUUUUGGUCCUCUAUUCUUAAAUCCAAGUAAAACUUCCUUUAAAUUUUCUUUUUAUAUGCUCUAAUUGCACUUGCUUAUCUUACUAGAUGAAUAGAUCCCUUUUCCUUUCCAUUUCUUAUUUUAAAACAGGUGCCAGAAGGAUGUUUGCCACCUUUUGAGUAAGGAGGUGGUUUUUCUGAUUUAAUACAUUUGUUUAUUGUUAUUUGCUUGAUACGCAAGUAACCAUACUUGAGAAUAGCGCCACCUACUGCUCCUCUGUUGAUGUACUGUAUGUGUGAAAAUAUGAACCUUGUCUUUAGUGUCCAUAUGGCUGAGCAGGUUUAUUUGUAACACAAAACUCAGUGGAACUCUAUAAGCCAUAAGGUAAGGGGUUUACAUUUCUACUGAUACCUGCUUUAGUAACAAACUUCUGAGAUCAUAGUAUCGCGUUAUUGCUUCUUCUAGCAUAAGUUCUUAUCUCCUCUUACAGUUUUUUAGGUUAUUCAUCUGCAAAAUGAAUAAUGUUGCUGUCCGAUGUCCUUUGGCUUUCAGGUCUAUAUAUGUUUUUUUUUUCAGAACAUUGUGGGGUAGAUUUACUAACGUUCCUAAAACAGGCAAGUGGUGGCCAUAGCCAGCAAUCAGACCCUAGCUAUCAUCUCUCUGUUACUAUGGGCAACAUCACAACUUGUCUGUUUUAGGUGGUUAAGUAAAUCUAUCAAUCACAUUUAUCAGCUUGUAAUAAACUUUUCAGCCACCAAGCAACUCCUGAAAAUCACUUUAGAAACUGAAUGAUUUUUUCUUAUGGUCUUUUUUACACCGUUACAUUUAUAAUGUUUCUCUUGCAGUAAGGCUGGGCUACACUGGAGCAUGGGAUUGCAGGUUGGGGCUGGAGUUUGGCAAGUAAUGUAAACUGUAGCUUUAAACUCAAGCUCCUCCCCCGGCUUCUGCAUGGUUCCAGUCUUCUUUAGGUGCCUCAUGGAGUAGGGCACGGUUUAGGGCAGUGGUAGCCAACCCUGGUCCUCGAGAGCUACCAACAGUUCACGUUUUCCAGCUCACCUGGCAGGUGCACAUGUGCAGUUAUUACUAACUGUCACAUUUUAAAAGAGGAGACCUGGAAAACUUGCACUGUUGGUAGCUCUCGAGGACCAGGGUUGGCUACCCCUUGUUUACGGGCUGCUAAGUAGCCCUUACUGUAGAUAGAUUUUAUUUUUCAUGUACAACGCAUUUGGCUGGCUAAAAUGCAGACCAUUGCAUGUUGCAUCUGCUUGGUCACCACUCAACUCUCUUCUGGUGUAAGGCAACAGUCAUCAAACUGGAUGUCCACUCUUUCCACUAGGGCGGUGAUGCCCUCCUGGCAUAGGGUUUUGGCAGGCCAGGUCUGUUGUGCAGCUACCUAGUCCUCUGGACACAUGUUGGCUUGUCUUCAGGUUUUGGUCACUCACUGUUGAUUCCUUUGCUCUUAAACAGGUUGUCUGACCCUGCGUUCUCUCCCUCAUGCUCAGUCAUGCGAGGUGUUGUUUCUUGACCAUCUUUUCCCUACUAAUUGGUUGAAUGUUUUACUCGGUUACUGCUAUUCCUUUCCGGACUCUUUUAAAGAAGUACUGGAAUCAUGGAGUUGCAGAGGGAGGAGCUUGGGUUUAAAUAAACAGUUUCCAUUAAGUGCCAAACUCGAGCCCCAACCUGCAAUCCCAUGGUCCAGUGUCGCCCAGCCUGCUUAAGAGAGAGGAUUUAACGGUAAGUGACCAAAAAUCCUAUUACUGCCACGUUUGGCAUUUUUAUUUACCGUGGCACAACCUAUUUUUAUUCAUUAAAGCCUGCUUCCAAUAAAAUGGAUUGUAUUGGUAAACAUGCAUUUAGUGUUCAUUCUAGCACCCACCUGUCACAACCCAUCCAGUUCCUCUUUACUGUCUGGGGUGUUGCUCCUCGAUCUGGUGCUUCUAGCAAAGCUUCACUGAGUUAUAGACCAGAAUGUGCUAGAAGCACCAGAGCAGAGAGCAGCACCCUAGGCAGGAAAGAGAAACUACACGGGUUGUGUCAGAUGCUGAGUCCUAGAAUGAACACUAUGCAUUCAUAUUGCGUCACCAAAAACGUCUAGAGCGCACAUUCGUUUUCUUGUGUUUUUCUUCCAGCAUGUAUGUUUGGACAUUUUCUUGUUCAUGUACAUUAUUUGGCAACCAUAUGCCCUUGUAUGUUCUAGAAACCAAGUAUCAGCUUUGGCAAUGUGAAUCUGAAAGUUAUAUUGUUUACAGGUUGAUUUGGGGGGGAAGAGGAUAUUACAGUACCUAUUAUUUACUGUGAUAUAUACUGUAUAUAGACCUGUUUUGAAAAUACAAUUAUAUUGGUACUACAAUAUAUACAGUGAUAGGAAAUUAUUUUAAAGCAAGUUACAGUUUACGGCAGCCUCCUGCCAGAUGACUAAAUGUUAGCUCAUCGUAUUUUUUUUUUCUAAUUUCAAGUUACUUUAGUUUUAGUAAUGGUAAAGUAGUUUAAAUGAAUUAAAUGCAAAAUUUUUACAUUUUGACCCUUUAUAAAAUAUUUAGCUUUUAACUACGACAUAGAUUCAUUCCUUAAAAAUGGAUGUAUUUGUUUUGUAUAUUUCUAAAACAAAGUCACAGCUGUCACAUUCCAGUUAAGUACAAAUACAGUAUUCAGGUUGUACUUGUUACUUACUAUAUCAUUUCUAAAAUAAUGUUGUAAUCAACCUAUAGAUUAAUAUAUAGACAUACAUCUAAAUAGUACCUAGCGCUGUAUGUUCAUUAAUGUACAGUGUGAAGUUGGCACAAUACAGCUUUGGGUUUUACAGUCUAUUUUACCUGUAUACUUGCUGCCUGUUCAUGUUCCUAUUUUACAGAAUGUCUUCAUUAAUUACAUAUUACUUCUAUGAGAUGGGCUUGGUUUAUAAUACAUAGAGUGGAAUCCAGUUAGACGUGGUAACUUACUUUGGAUCACUGCCUCCCCUAGGGCUAUCCAGUUAGCCCCAAAACGGCACUUUUCUGGGAUUUUACUUCGGCAGGCAAUCCCUGAUUGCUGCAGCGAAAACACAUACUGUAGGUCCGUGACUUUGCGUGGAUCCUAUGUGUUUUUGCAUGAAAAUGUAAAAGCCUGGCUACAUAAAUAGGCCAAAAUAAAAUUGACGCUACAAAAAAAUAAUGCAAAAAUUACCAAUUUUUAAAAUCAAAAUGUUUUUUGUCUAUUUGGAUAAACCCCAUAGGAUGUUAAAAAAGAAAUAAAGUGAAUUUUGCAAUGAUUGCUUCUGUUCCCUCUGACACAGUAUUUUGACUUUAUUAUAUAAGUUUAUCCUUAAUGUAAAAUGUAACUGCUGUAAAAUAAUUUAGCAGAUCGCUGAAAUGGGACUUCUGCCUGAAAUUACCCGUUACAACCACAGAAACACUGUUGCUCCAAUAUUUGACUGUGAAUAACUGAACCAUCUGAACUGCAGCUGUAGUUGUAGAAACAGUAUAAUAGUUUGGUUUCUUGGUGACGGAUGUUGCUAUAAAUAUUCCAUUAUUUACAGGAUAUCUUGAAGUCCUCAGACUGAUUUACAUUUACAUUACCUAUAUGAACUAAAAUAUUGUCCUUUUUGAUUAAUUCGCUCUGGAGCACUUAUGCUCCUGUUGGACCUAUAUCCAGUUGGCUUGAAGCAUAUCUGCCAAAUUGGGGCAACAUGUUAGUCUUCUGAGUGGUUUACCUGUUGAUUUGCCCAUAAACAGGCCUUAACUACUCCGUGCCAUUUAUGUGUAAUAUUUUAAUAAACCCAUUAGUUUAUCCUGUAAAAUAAAGUUAGAUUUCAACUUUUGUACUUAAGCAUGAAACCCACUUUUAAUUUCCUCCCAAAUUUUGGGGCUGCUUUAUCAAUGAAUUUUAUCAUUCGCAACAAGUUUUAAAACUCGUUGCAUAUGAUAAAUGGUGCUCCGGACAAUCCGCUCCUAACUAUCAUGUGUUUGAAAAAAAUGACAGUUUGGAUCAAUUUUUCUGGAGCACCAUUUAUUAUACGCAACUCAUUUUAAAUCUUGUUGAGUAUGGUAAAGCUUGUUGAUAAAUCAGCCCCUAUAUCUUUUUAAGUUGCAUUUAACCAUUGCCUACUAUGCAUACAACUUUACAGUUGAAGAUAAAAUUGUUUCUGGAUUUCUUAAUAUUUUAUAAAGUGCACAGGAGAGGCAGACAGUACGUGGGCUGAAGCAGACUUCAGCUGUAUGCAGCCUAUUCGUUAUGAAGUCAUGUUUUGUGGCUUGGUCUUCGUUGUAAUGUUAUUUCUCAAACAGUGAAAGCAGAGCAUGCUGCUAGACCAUCCAGGGACACUCAUUUUUCUUAUCUAAAUGGGAAGUAAUAUUUUCUCAUUUGCAUAGCCCCGAUACCGCUUCGGCCAAUCAAAAAGGAUGGUUAUCAUAAUGUAUGACCGAUGGUCAUUAUCACGGUAUCCAAUUAGAGGCAGUUUUGAUUGGCCGAAAUUGGACCCCCGAUCACAUGAAAACACAUAGGAAUGGGGAUAAAUCCCAGAUGCCAUGCGUUAUCGCUGCUCUGCGCCCUUUAUCACGGAUUAUGCUUCGGGUGCCGACACCGGGAUUAAUUGGAUAGCCCCAGGUGAUCCUAUUAGCAGCAGUAAAGUACCGCUGCUAAUAAUAUACUGCCCUUAUGUGUUUUGCUGCCCUCCCUGCAGAACACAUUUAAACUUUUAGCAUCUUCUGAAACUUUUUGCCCACUCCUGUUAUCAAAUGCCCCAUAGGAUUCUUUAAUAAUAACAAUAUUUCUGCACAGUGAUGCUGCCUUAGGAAAUGCAGGUGAUUGCUAUUCACAGGUUUUGUCCUGAAUGAGAACUCGGGGAAAUGUAGCUUCAGCUAAUGAACACACUUCAUAGAAGCACUUAAGACUUUAAGCUUUACACUUAAUAAUAUAAUUGUCUUUGAACAUCUAGCAUUUUUUAAUAUUGUGGUCUUGAUAAUAACAUCCAAAAGUAGAGGAGGAGGAGGGUUCUUUAAAGUGGCAAAUACCACUAUAAUUCACUGUGGAGGUUCUUCUGUAAGUACAUCUACUGUUCUCAGGUAUAGAGUAAUUUACCUGCAGUCUAUGUGAGUUAUCUUUUAUUAAAGGACUGCACAAAACUUACCUAAUGAGCCUACUGUACAAAACUUACUGCUGGCAUCUUGCCUUUUUGAGUCACAAAAUCCUACUGGCUUCUUCUAUUCUACAUUAUGUAGCCAUGCUGUAUUAGGUUAAUGCCGUGCUUCCAUCCACGUUCAUACAAAAGAUUGGGAGCACCAUACUUGUAUGUGGCAGGGUGCCAACUGUUUUUGGGAAAAUUCAUAUGAGCAUUGCAUAUCUUUUGAGGUGCUUUUGACCUGGGGAACAGCAGUUUGUCCACCUAGUUAUCUAUGUGUCUGGAUUUGGCUCUUCAGUUACAUAAAUUGGCCUGGAAAAUGAUUCCUUUUUAUUAUUCAUGGCUGGCUCCAGUAUCGGCCCUCUAUAGACUGCACACAAUUUAUUGAAAGCACUAGACUUGACAUGACGACUGGGUACGCAUCUGACCCAACCAAUCAGCCGACCGAGCAACUGAUUUGGUAAGCAUACAUACUUACAAAUUGACCGCUCAAUAUGACAGGCCUGACAUCACAACUUGGUGUGCAUUUAAAUUUGCCCACCUAGUUUUGAAGUCAUUGGGGGAGAUUCAAAUGUUUGAAAAGUCGGUUGGAAGUCUGUUUUUUCCUAUCUAAUAGACCGGAAAAAACAGACACCCAACCGAUUUUUCAGACAUUUGAAUUCCACCCAUUGUGUGUGGUUCCUGAGGCCAGCACAAUGAAUCAGUUGACCGGUUGCCCGUACACAGAAACUGAUGUUCUGAUAUAUCGGCAUCUGCCAUGCUGCAGGGCCAAGGUAAUCUGUGAAUAAUGCCAUUCAAAGACGUAUCGGCUGUAAACACGAGCCGAUGCACUUGCCGAUAUAGCGUUUGUUGGCUGUGCAAACUAUAUGCAUAUUGUGUAUCCAGCCUGACUUUUUUGAAACCAACAUUGAUUUGGAAGCAUCAUGUUACCGUAUUCACAUUGUAGGCAAAGUUUUCUGUAAAAGAAGAUAGGUUAUAGGAUCCACAUUACAAUCUAAACCUUAUACUGUGGGUAAAGUCAGUUAUAGCUUUCCAAAUUACCCCUGUAAAAGCAGAUUAGUAUAGAUCUGUACAUUAAAGUGUGUAUGUGUGAUGUAGACAUUGCUUUCAGCACUUGAGAAAGCAAUAAGAUUUGGAGAACGUUGUAGGUGUAUCGUAUGGCAGGUUUUUUUUAUUUUUCUUCAUAAGAGGUGCACUUUAGAGAGGAAAUGCAGAAUAAAAAUACAAUAUGUACAUAUAAGUCUUGUAAAUAACAUGGAAGGGAAACCGUUUUAGAGUGAUUACUGCUAGGAUAGCCAUGGACUAUUUUCGUUGCACUGGCUUUUCUUCAGCCAUUGAUUUUGUUUUGUGAUUGCUGUGCUAAAUGACUUUUUUAUUUGUAAUGUAAACAAUAGUGUAUAAUAAAAGUAUAUAGUGUACAAUAUUACACUUGACUGUACAGUAUUUGAAGUUGGAUUGCUAUAUUAAACAAUGUUAAGUCUACAUUCGCAA